GUCCGGACCGCGCGCGCGGGGUGUCAUGGCGGCCUGCAGGCAGUGCUGCUCGUACCUGAGGCUCCGGCCGCCGGGCUGCGGUCCCCUCCGUCCCCCCGGCCAGCCCGGGCGGAGUCGGCCACUCACCUAUUUGCAGGCGCGAGCGCUGUGGAGCAGCACCGGGUCCCGAACGGUGGCCGUGGACUUGGGCCACAGAAAAUUAGAAAUAUCCUCUGGAAAACUGGCAAGAUUUGCAGAUGGCUGUGCUGUGGUACAGUCAGGCGACACAGCAGUGAUGGUCACAGCAGUCAGUAAAACAAAGCCUUCACCCUCCCAGUUCAUGCCCCUGCUGGUUGACUACAGACAGAAAGCUGCUGCAGCAGGUAGAAUCCCCACAAACUACCUUAGGCGGGAGAUUGGCUCUUCUGACAAAGAGAUUCUCACAAGUCGAGUAAUAGAUCGUUCAAUUCGACCUCUCUUUCCAGCUGGCUAUUUUUAUGAUACUCAGGUAAUAUGUAAUCUACUAGCAGUAGAUGGCAUCAAUGAACCUGAUGUCCUAGCAAUUAAUGGUGCUUCUGUAGCCCUCUCCUUGUCAGACAUUCCUUGGAAUGGACCUAUCGGGGCAGUACGAAUAGGAAUGAUCAAUGGAGAAUGUGUUGUUAACCCGACAAGGAAAGAGAUGUCUUCUAGCACUUUAAAUUUAGUGGUUGCUGGAGCACCUAAAAGCCAGAUUGUUAUGUUGGAAGCCUCUGCAGAAAACAUUCUACAGCAGGACUUCUGUCAUGCUAUCAAAGUUGGAGUGAAGUAUACCCAGCAGAUAAUUCAGGGCAUCCAGCAGUUGGUAAAAGAAAUUGGUGUUGCCAAGAGGACCCCCCAGAAGAUAUUCACCCCUUCACCAGAGAUUGUGAAGUAUGCUCACAAACUCGCCAUGGAGAAACUCUAUGCAGUUUUUACGGAUUAUGAACAUGAUAAAAUUUCUAGAGAUGAAGCUGUUAACAAGAUAAGACUAGACACAGAGGAGCAACUAAAGGAAAAAUUUCCAGAGGUCGACCAGUAUGAAAUAAUAGAAUCCUUCAAUGUUGUUGCAAAGGAGGUUUUCAGAAGUAUUAUUUUGAAUGAAUACAAAAGGUGUGAUGGACGGGAUUUGACUUCACUUAGGAAUAUAAGUUGUGAGGUAGAUAUGUUUAAAACACUUCAUGGAUCAGCAUUAUUUCAAAGGGGACAGACACAGGUACUCUGUACUGUUACAUUUGAUUCAUUGGAAUCCAGUAUUAAGUCGGAUCAAAUUAUAACAGCUAUAAAUGGGGUAAAAGAUAAAAAUUUCAUGCUGCACUAUGAGUUUCCUCCUUAUGCAACCAAUGAAAUUGGCAAAGUUACUGGUGUAAAUAGAAGAGAACUUGGGCAUGGUGCUCUUGCUGAGAAAGCUUUGUUUCCCGUUAUUCCCAAAGAUUUUCCUUUUACCAUAAGAGUCACAUCUGAAGUCCUUGAGUCAAACGGGUCAUCUUCUAUGGCAUCUGCAUGUGGGGGAAGUUUGGCAUUAAUGGAUGCAGGGGUCCCAAUUUCAUCUGCUGUUGCAGGUGUAGCAGUGGGAUUGGUUACCAAAACCAAUCCAGAGAAAGGUGAAAUAGAAGAUUAUCGUUUGCUGACAGAUAUUCUGGGAAUUGAAGAUUACAAUGGUGACAUGGAUUUCAAAAUAGCCGGUACAAAUAAGGGAAUAACCGCAUUACAGGCUGAUAUUAAAUUACCUGGAAUACCAAUUAAAAUUGUAAUGGAAGCCAUUCAGCAAGCAUCAGUGGCAAAGAAGGAGAUAUUACAGAUAAUGAACAGAGUAAUUUCAAAACCUCGAUCAUCUAGAAAAGAAAAUGGACCAGUUGUAGAAACAAUUAAAGUUCCAUUAUCAAAACGAGCAAAAUUUGUUGGACCGGGUGGAUAUCACAUAAAAAAACUUCAGGCUGACACAGGUGUAACAAUUAGUCAGAUUGAUGAAGAAACCUUCUCCAUAUUUGCACCAACACCUAGUGCAAUGCAUGAGGCAAGAGACUUCAUUACCGAAAUUUGCAGAGAUGAUCAAGAGCAACAGUUAGAAUUUGGAGCAGUUUAUACCGCUACAAUAACUGAAAUCAGAGACACUGGCGUAAUGGUAAAACUGUAUCCAAACAUGACUGCUGUGCUACUUCAUAAUACACAACUUGACCAGCGAAAGAUUAAACAUCCCACUGCCCUAGGAUUAGAAGUUGGUCAAGAAAUUCAGGUCAAAUACUUUGGUCGUGAUCCAGCUGAUGGAAGAAUGAGGCUUUCCCGCAAAGUCCUCCAGUCUCCGGCUAUAACUGCUGUCAAAACUCUAAAUGAUAGAAGCAGCAUUGUAAUGGGAGAGUCUGUUUCACAGUCGUCAUCCAACUCUUCCCCUUGACUCCUUUUGGAAAUGGGACUCUAAACUGCUAAUAAUUUGGGAAAAAAUGAAGCCAGAAUUUAAAUGGACAGCUCACUAAUGCCAACAGCAGCAGCACCCUCGGUUCUGCAUAAACCAGCAGCCUACCAUUCAAGCCAGUCUUCCCUUCAUCUUUAUUCAAUUCAUGGUCGUUUUUCAUAAUUUCUAAUGAAGUUUUUGUUUUUGCUUUUUUUGGAGGCAGCAUUUCUCUGUGUAGCCAAGGGUGUACUGGAAUUUGCUCUGUAGACCAGGCUGGCCUUGAACUCAGAUCCACCUGUGCCUGCUUCCUGAGUGCUGGGAUUAAAUGUGUGCACCACCACCACCACCACCACCAGACCCUCUAAUGAAGUUUCUAAUCUGAGCCUGUCAUAUGCCAAAAACUAAUUUAUAGUACCUGAAUACUGCUACUUGCAAAAUGAUCUUUUAUGACCCUUUUUUUUAACAUACCAUGAAUUAGUGUUUAAAUUUUUAUAUAUAAGUGUAAUUUAUAUAUAAAUAUAUAUUUAUUUUGUGCGCUUACAAGCCAUUGUAUGUGUGCGGGGAUCAGGACAACUUGUUGGAGUUGGUUCACUCACACUGUGUGGGUUCCAGGAGACAAACUCAGGGCAUCAGACUUCACAAUAAUCCUUGUACCUUUCCUUGCUGAGCCAUCCGACUUGCUCAAAUUAUGGUUUUUAUGUGACUGUUUUCUUUCCCUUCCAAAACAUUUUAAAUUUCUGGAUCUUAGAUAGAAGCAUGAACAUGAGCUGCUGUCUCUGUUCAGCUCAGCCAAGCAUCACAUUCAUUCAACACCACUAUGGACUAAGCACUAUGGCAUGUACAGGGGAUGUCAGCAAACAGAGCCGAAGUUCAUGUUCACUUCUGCUUGAAGAAAACUGGCAGUAAGCAAGAAUGUAACACGGACAAAGAAGCAGAUACUGUAAUAGAAAGGAGUGAAGUGAUCUGUUCUACUGCUGCAGUGUAGACUAUGAGUAAGAUCAGCUUGGGGAGAGAAAGAUUUAUUUGGCUUACACUCCCCAGAUCACAAUCUGUUGAAGAAAGCCAAGGGAAGAAACUAAAACAGGUCAUGAGGAAUACUUUUUACUGGCUUGCCCUCAAUGGCUUAUUCAGCCUGCCUUUUUAAAUAAAUACUUUUAUAUAUAAAUAGAAUUAUAUAUUUUUUUUUUGUUCGGGGGGUAUCAAGGCAGGGUUUCUCUGUAGACCAGGCUGUAAAGGUGUAUACCACCACCGCCCAACAGCCCACCCUGCUCCCUUAUGCCAUCUAGGACCAACUACUCCAGUGAACUGGGCCCCGCCACAUCAAGGAUUAAUCAAUAAAAUGCCCCCAUAGCCUUGACAAUUGGCCAAUCAGAUGGAAGCAUUUUCUUGCUUGAGGCUCCCUUUUCCCAGAUAAUCCUGGCUUGUAUAAAGUUGACCAAAAAAAUAAAUAAAUAAAAAUCACACAGCCAGGACAAGUGAUAAGAAGUUAUUGUUUGAAAUGAAAUAAUCCAGAACCACUUCUCUGAAUAGAUAUUUAAAGAGACCUGAAUGAAAUAGGAGAUGUGAAGACAAAAUAACACUUUCAUUUUCUUUUUAUUUUUUGGUUUUUCGAGACAGGGUUUCUCUGUAUGCUUUGGAGCCUGUCCUGGAACUAGCUCUUGUAGACCAGGCUGGUCUCGAACUCACAGAGAUCCGCCUGCCUCUGCCUCCCGAGUGCUGGGACUUAAGGCGUGCGCCACCACCGCCCAGCAACACUUUCAUUUUAUAAGUCAGUUUCACAUAAUUUCGUCUUUUGCUUUGUAUUAAGAAUAUAGUCAAGGGCUGGAGAGAUGACUCAGAGGUUAAGAGCACUGACUGCUCUUCCAGAAGUUCAGUUCUCAGAAACCACAUGGUGCCUCACAACCAUCUAUGAUAUCUGAGGACCCACAUGGUGAAUAGAGAAGCAAUUCCCUCAAGUUGUUCUCUGACCUCCAAACAUGCACGAUGGUACUUAAGCACCAAUGCCAAGUAAAUAAAUGUAAUAAAAUUUGUUUUAUAUAUAUAUAACAAGUGGAGAGAGGAGAUAUUUUCAAAACAUUUAAUCAGGCAAACAUGCUUAGUUAUUUCUGAGGAAUAAACGGAAUCACAAAGUUUAA